ACUCCGCGUUCCAGCGGCGUGACGGCUGUGGCUCGGCUGCUGCUGUCCUACCUCGCUCUUCAGGCUCUGGUCAAAGCCUUCAACCAGCCUCCCCGAUUCCAAAACAACUUCUUUCAGACUUACCUGCUCAUCUAUGAGGACACUGCGGUUGGUUCCUCGGUGACUCAGCUGAAGGCUCUGGAUGUGGACGAAGAGCCGCUGGUGUUCGGCGUGGUGGGAGAGGAGGCCAUGAGGUACUUUGCUGUGGAGAGCAACACGGGGAUCGUGUGGCUGAGGCAGCCCUUGGACAGGGAGACCAAAUCUGAGAUGCAGGUGGAGUUCACAGUCAGUGACAGUCAAGGGGUGGUCAAACAGACCGCGAAUGUUCAGAUCGGGGAUGUCAAUGACAACGCCCCCACCUUCUACAACCAGCCUUACAAUGUUCGGAUCCCGGAGGACACACCGGUGGGGACUUCCGUGUUCAUGGUGAACGCCACGGACCCAGACCAGGGCACAGGGGGUAGCGUGCUCUUCUCCUUUCAGCCGCUCUCGCCGUUCUUCACCAUCGAUGGAGCGCGGGGGACUGUCACGGUCUCCCGACGCCUUGACUAUGAGAUCACCGCAGCCUACCAGCUCACUGUCAAUGCCACGGACCAGGACAAGUGGCGUCCUCUCUCCAGCCUGGCCAACCUGGCCAUCAUCAUCACCGAUGUGCAGGACAUGGACCCAAUCUUCAUCAACCUCCCAUACAGCACCAACAUCAAUGAAGACUCUCCUCCGGGCUACGAGGUGCGGAAGAUCACUGCUAUCGAUCAGGAUCGCGGAAGACCCAGAGGAAUCGGUUACACUGUCGUCUCAGGAAACACCAACAGCAUCUUCGCUCUUGACUACAUCAGCGGAUCUCUCACAGUGAACGGGCAGCUGGACAGAGAAAACCCCCUCUACUCUGCUGGCUUCAUCUUGACUGUCAAGGCCACGGAGCUGAACGAGGACCGCACGCCGUCUACGGCGACAGUCAUGACCACCUUCACCAUCUUGGUGGUGGACAAAAAUGACAACGCGCCGCAGUUCAACAGCUCCGAAUACCGUGUCCGCAUCACCGAGUUGGCGCAGGUGGGCUUUGCCCUGCCCCUCUUCAUCCUAGUGGAGGACAAGGAUGAGGGCCCUAACAGCAUGUUCCAGGUGUUCCUCACGGGAAACAACUCGGAGCACUUCACCAUUUCGCCCACCUCCGUGCAGGGCCGGGCGGACAUCAGGGUGCGUGUUGCUGUGCCCCUGGAUUUCGAGACCAUCAGGAGCUACAGCUUUUCUCUCUAUGCCAACGAGUCACUGCUGGAGCACGUGGGGUUCGCGCGCGUCUUCAUCGACUUGAUCAACGAGAAUGACAACCGACCCAUCUUCAGCACAUCACUGUACAACAUCAGCCUGCCUGAGAACACACCCAGCGGGACAUCGCUGGUCAGGAUCCAGGCCUCAGACAGUGAUGUUGGCAGUUUUGGGGUAGUGCAGUACUACUUCAGUGACGAACCUGACCAGUUCUCACUGGACGUCGACAGCGGCUGGGUGACGCUAAGAGGAAGCCUGGACUUCGAGCUGAUGCGCCGAUACACGAUGACAGUGCUGGCCCGCGAUGGGGGCGGCGAGGAGACCACCGGCCGGCUGAGAGUCAAUGUGCUGGAUGUUAAUGACAAUGCACCCAUCUUCCAGAAGGAGGCGUACACCGGUUCUCUGAGGGAGAACGAGCAGGCCGUGCAGCAAGUGGCCCGAGUCAGGGCAACGGAUGAGGAUUCCCCACCCAACAAUGUGCUGACCUACACCAUCAUCGCUGCCUCCCAGUUCCCCAGUUACUUCAGCAUCAGCAUGGUGGAGGGAUAUGCAGUUAUCAGUGUCACCAGACCGUUGGACUACGAGACCGUUCCAGGGGGGAUGAUCUACUUGACACUGAUGGCCAGGGAUGGAGGGACCCCCCCUCUCAACAGCACCGUUCCCCUCACCGUGGAGCUGUUUGAUGAAAAUGACAACCCGCCCACGUUCAGCCAGCCGUCCUACGUCAUCACUGUGCCGGAGAACAUCAUUGCAGGGGCGACAGUGCUGUACGUGAACGCCACAGAUAGAGACGCCUCCCGCGAGUUCGGCCAGGCCUCCCUUAUCUACUCCCUGGAGGGCUCCUCCCACUUCCGCCUCAAUACGCGCUCGGGAGAGAUCACCACCACAGCCCUGCUGGAUCGGGAGCUCAAAUCGGAGUACAUUCUCAUCGUACGAGCUGUGGAUGGGGGGGUGGGGCCUCUGCAGAAGACGGGCAUCGCCACGGUGAACAUCACCCUGCUGGACAUCAACGACAACCCCCCAGUGUGGCGCGACGAACCCUAUGAAGUGAAUGUGGUGGAGAUGAGCCCUGCAGACACCGACGUGGUCACGGUGCUGGCCGUGGACCCGGACAGCGGCGAGAACGGCACGGUGCUCUACCAGAUCAGCCCCCCCAACCCCUUCUACUCUAUCAACAGUAGAAGCGGGAAGAUCCGCACCAGCGGAGCCCUGCUGGACAGGGAGAGCCCGAGCCCCAGGGAUGCCCAGCUCAUGAGGACCAUCGUCGUCUCUGCCAGCGACAGUGGAAGGCCCCCUCUGCGCUCCUCGGUGAGCACCACGGUCUUCGUAAAUCUGCUGGAUCUCAACGACAACGACCCCACGUUCCUCAACCUCCCAUUUGUGGCGGAAGUCCCCGAGGGUCUUCCUGUUGGAUCCUCGGUCUUCAGGAUUCAGGUGUCCGACCCGGACGAGGACAAGAACGGCCAGGUGACCCUGACCCUGCAGAUGGGCAUGCCUCGGCUCGACUUCGCUCUCAACACCACCACGGGCCUCUUGGUUUCCACGACAACGCUGGACCGGGAGCAGAUCGGGCAGUACUUGGUCCGCGUGGUGGCCUACGAUGCGGGCCAGUUCCCGCGGACCUCCACCAGCACUCUCACCAUCACAGUACUGGACGUAAACGAUGAGACGCCGACCUUCUACCCGAGAGUGUACAACGCGUCCGUGCUGGAAAGCGUCGCCCGGGACUUCGUGGUGACGCGACUCAACUGUACGGACAACGACGCCGGCCUCAACGCAGAGCUCAGCUACUUCAUCACGGAUGGGAAUCAGGAUGGCAAGUUCAGCGUGGGCUUCCGCAAUGGCGUGGUGCGUACCGUGGUGGGGUUGGACAGAGAGACCCAGGCCUCCUACACCCUUGUCAUCGAGGCCAUCGACAACGGACCGGCCGGUAGCAGGAGGACUGGAACGGCGACUGUGUACGUGGCGGUUCUCGAUGUCAAUGACAACCGGCCCAUCUUCCUGCAAAACAGUUACGAGACCAGCAUCCUAGAAAGUGUUCCCCAAGGCACCAGUCUUCUGCAGGUACAGGCCACAGAUGCAGACCAGGGGGAAAAUGGCAGAGUUCUGUACAGGAUACUGUCCGGGAAUAGCAACCGUCUCUUCAGCAUUAAUGAGCUGACGGGUCAUGUGACCAGAGGCGAACGAGCUCUGGACCGGGAGACCAGCAGUUCCCACGUGCUCGAGGUGGAGGCCUACAACAGCGACCAGGGCAGCAUGAGGAGCACUGUGCGGGUGAUCGUGUACGUGGAGGACGUCAACGACGAGCCCCCGGUCUUCACCCAGCAGCAGUACAACCGCCUGGGCCUCAGGGAGACGGCUGGCGUCGGCACCUCCGUCAUCGUCGUCCGGGCCUCCGAUCCGGACACAGGUGACGGGGGGGCCGUGGCAUACGCCAUGGUCUCGGGUUCAGACAGGAAGUUCGAGGUGGAUGUGAGCACGGGCCUGGUGACCACGGUGGACCACCUGGACUACGAGACCAAGACGAGCUACCUUAUGAACGUUUCGGCCACGGACCAGGCGCCCCCGUUCCACCGCAGCUACUGCAGCGUGUACGUGACGCUCCUCAACGAGCUGGACGAAGCGGUGGCCUUCCUACAGGCCGCCUACGAGGCCUCGCUGCGCGAGAACAUCGCCACCGGCACGGAGGUUGUUCAAGUGCGAGCGCAGUCCGCCGACAACCUCAACCAGAUCUCGUACCGCUUCGACCCGGAUACGUCGCCGGCGGCGCUUGCGCUCUUCAAGAUCGACAGCGUCACGGGUCGCAUCACGGUUACGGGGUUGCUGGACCGAGAGCACGGAGACCUCUACACCCUGACAGUCGUUGCCGACGACGGGGGACCAAAGAAGGACUCGACUGUGAAGGUAUCGAUCACCAUACUGGACGAAAAUGACAACAGCCCGGAGUUUGACAUCACGUCAGACGUCUCCGUGGAUGUCCCGGAAAGCACUCCCAUCGGGAGGAGAGUGGCGGUGGUUCUGGCCCGAGACAAGGACAUCGGGAGAAACGGCCUGGUGAAUUUCACGCUGGUGGCAGGCAACAUGCGGGACGUCUUUGAGAUCCGGACCAUCAACAACACCUACGGGGAGGUGUAUGUCAACGCAGGCCUGGACCGGGAGACGAUCGACCGCUACCUUCUCAAGGUAAGGGCCAUGGACAAUGGCUCCCCCCCACGAUACACGGACCUCUCUCUCACCGUCAACAUCGUGGACGUCAACGAUAACGUCCCGGUCAUCGAAAGCCGCGCCGGCUACAACGUCAGCAUCAGCGAGAACGUAGGGGGUGGCACGUCCGUCCUGCGCGUGGUUGCUACUGACCGUGACAUCGGCUCCAACGCCAUGCUCUUCUACUACAUCACUGGUGGCAACCAGGACCUGACCUUCCGCAUGGACCGCGUCACUGGCGAGAUGGUUACCCGGCCUUCCCCUCCUGACCGUGAGCGGCAGCAGCAGUACCACCUCACUGUGACCGUGGAGGACGACGGCACGCCGCCACUCUCGUCUUCAACAAUAGUUGUAGUGUACAUCGUGGACGAGAAUGACAACGCACCAAAGUUUCCCGUGGAGGAGUAUGUGACAGUGCUGAGCGAGGGUCCAAACACCGUGGGCAUUGCCAUCGCCACCGUGACAGCAGUUGACUCCGAUGAGGGGCUCAACGGCACAGUGCGCUAUGCCAUUGCCCAAGGCAACCUCAUCCAGACAUUCCAUAUCAACAGCAUCACGGGUACGAUUGUAACAGCGAAAGCCCUGGACUACGAGAUCAGCCGUGGGCACUACACACUGAUGGUCACGGCGACUGACCAGUGCCCCAUCCCUCGACUCCGCCUGACGUCCAGUGCCACGGUAAUAGUGAAUGUAAUUGAUGUGAACGACGAGACCCCCGCCUUCCCUCGACCUUACGAGGGGCCCUUUGACAUAACGGAGGGUCAGCCAGGACCUCGUGUCUGGACCCUAAAAGCCACGGAUGAGGACUCCGGGCUCAAUGGCAAGGUGGAGUACAACAUCACAGCCGGAGACCCUCAGAGUGAGUUUGUGGUGUCUCCAGUGGACGGCGAGCUACGUGUCAAAAGAGAUGUAGAGCUGGACCGCGAGACUACGCCCUUCUACAACAUCACUGUCACUGCCUGGGACCUGGGCACACCACAGCUUAGCAGCACGGUGGUGGUAGGUGUACGGGUUCUAGACAUCAAUGACAACGACCCAGUUCUGCUGAAUCUACCCCAGAACCAGAGUGUCAGCGAAGGAGCCCCUGUCCACACCUCCGUGAUGCAGGUGCUGGCUCGGGAUGCUGACAGUGGCCGCAACGCCUUGCUCACCUACAACAUCACUGCGGGCAACACUGACGGAGCCUUCUACAUAAACGACACGACAGGUGUGGUGCAGGUGAACAGGCCUCUGGACCGAGAGCGGGUAGCAGAGUACAGAUUGACCAUCACUGUGAAAGACAACCCUGAAAACCCACGCAUCGCCCGAAAGGACUCGGACGUGCUGAUGAUCAUCAUCCUGGAUGAGAACGACAACCGGCCCGUUUUCACACAAAGUAGCUACCGGGCCGAGAUCAUGGAGAACUCACCUCCAGGCAGGCCAGUGUCAGUGUUAAAUGGGCCAGUGUUGGCUGAAGACCGGGACAUUGGGCCCAAUGCGGUGGUACGCUAUCGCCUUCUGGGACCCCGGCUCGACCUUUUCACUGCCGACUCUAUCACUGGUGAAGUAAGGGUGCGGCAGGGGGCAGUACUGGACAGGGAGGUGUUCUCAGACCCCCGGGUGGAGCUGUUUCUGGUGGCAGAAGACGUGGGUGGCCUCAGCAGCAGUGUGCCCCUCACCAUCACCAUUCUGGACCAAAAUGACAACACGCCCGUCUUCAGCCCUUCCAGCCUCAUCGUUCACCUGCCUGAAAACAGCCCUCCAGGGGUAGUGGUGACCCAGCUGUCAGCCAGCGAUGCCGACUCCGGCUCCAACGGUUGGCUGCUGUACAGACUGGAGAGUGGAGCCCAGGACCGCUUCAUCGUGGACUCCCUCUCAGGGGCUGUCCUGGUGGGCAACGCUACCUUGGACCGAGAGGAGCGUGGCUCGUACCGCCUUGUCAUAGUGGCCACCGACCGUGGCACACCUCCGCUUUCUGGCACGGCAACCCUGUCCGUUGUCCUGGACGACAUCAACGACUCCCGACCCCGCUUCCUGCAACUUAUCCACACUGUCAGCGUUAAUGAGUCCACACCUCCUGGAGUUGUGGUGGCCACCCUCACUGCUGAGGACCCUGAUCUUCGUCCCCGUCUGGAAUAUUAUAUCAUAUCGGUUGAAGCGAAGGAUGAUGGGAACAACCCAGUGGGCGGUCUGCAGGAUUCCUUUGGCAUCGAUUUCCAUACUGGUGCGGUGUUCAUUCGCAACCCACUGAACCGUGAGCUGGUGGCCACCUUUGAUAUUCUUGUGUCCGUACACGACAACGCCAGCGAUGUCAUCGACCAGUCCGUCAGCGUGCCCAAUGCGAGACUCACGGUUAAUGUGUUGGAUGUGAACGACAACGCCCCGCGCUUCCGACCGUUUGGGGUCACGAACUUUACAGAGAUGAUUCUGGAAGGCGCCCAACCUGGGACUACACUGUUGUCUGUGUCGGCAGUGGACCCCGACAAGGGUCCAAACGGACUGGUGAUCUACCACCUGCUCCACCUGCCCCGUGGUGAAUACUUACGGCUUGAAGACUCCUCAAUAGGGAAGAUCCUGGCCAAUCGGACAGUGGACUACGAACAAGUACAAUGGCUCAACUUCACAGUGAGAGCCCAGGACCAGGGUACCCCGGUCCGUGCCACGGAGCUGCCUGUCUUCUUGCGCAUCGUCGAUGUCAACGACAACAACCCCGUCUUCACGCAGCCCUCCUAUCAGAGGUCUGUGUUUGAGGACGUGGCACUGGGCACAGUCAUUGUGAAGGUCAGCGCCACGGAUGCGGACUCUGGGCUCUUCUCAGUCAUUGAGUACAGUCUAGUUGAUGGACGGGGCAAGUUUGGCAUCACCCCGUCCACUGGUGACAUCUACAUCCUCUCUCCUUUGGACCGUGAAAUACAGGACCGCUACACGUUGACUGCAGUUGCCAGGGACAACCCAGGGGGAAGCCCUAACAACCGCAGAGAAAAUUCUGUACAGGUGCUGGUGAUUGUUCUGGACGUAAAUGAUUUCCAGCCGUCCUUCUCUGAGCGCAUCUUCAGCACCAGCGUGUUUGAGAAUGAGCCCAGUGGGACGUCUAUCAUCACUUUCAGCGCCAUCGACAAGGAUGAGGGGGAGAACAGCCUGCUCACUUACACACUGAAGGGGAAUGGAGCUGAUGCUUUCUCGAUGGAUCCAGAUACAGGCUUGGUGCGCUCCCUGCGACUGCUCCAAUCCUUUGAGCGCUUCAAUCUAACGGUGGUUGCCAUGGACCACGGGCGUCCACCGCUCUCGGGCACCGCCGCCCUGAUCAUCACAGUCAUUGACGUCAACAACAACCGGCCUGUUUUUGUGCGUCCGGCCAAUGGCACCAUCAUGCAUAUUCUGGAGGAACAGCCCCCAGGGCUGGUGGUGUAUGAAGUCUUUGCAACUGAUGGGGACGAGGGGAUGAACGGAGAGGUGCGCUAUGACUUCAUGACAGAUGGUGGAAAUCGGGACUGGGAGAACUUCCAUAUCGACCCCUUGACGGGAGUCAUAACCACAGCUGUCAGGCUGGACCGUGAGAAGCAGGCUCUCCACACCCUGAUUGUGAAGGCCAAGGAUCUUGGCCAGCCAGUGUCCUACGAAACAGUGCAGCCCCUCCAAGUGGCGCUAUCUGACAUUGAUGACAACGAGCCCGUCUUUCUCAAGCCCCCGAGGGGCAGCCUGCUGUACCAGGCGCUCUCUGUGCCGGAGCACUCUGUGCCGGGGACGCUGGUGGGAAAUGUGACAGGAGCAGUCGACGCAGAUGAGGGAUCCAAUGCUGUGGUGUAUUACUUCAUUGCAGGGGGCAACACUGAGGAUAAUUUUGGCCUGAGCACAGCAGGGGUCCUCCGAGUGAAAAAAGACCUGGAUCGCGAAUACAUCCCAGUAUAUUCCAUCAUUGUUAAGGCUUCCAGCAACCGCAACUGGACCCCUCCACGGGGGCAGAGGGCAGCACGUCUUCAAAACUUGGAUCCCAGCCGCGACCCCACCUUGCAGGAGGUGCGGAUCUUCCUGGAGGACAUCAAUGACCAGCCACCUCGCUUCACUAAGCUCGAGUACACUACAGGUGUGGCGGCAGAUGCCAAAGUGAACUCAGAACUAAUCAAAGUCCAGGCACUGGACAAAGAUGAGGGCAACAACAGCCUAGUCCUCUACAGCAUCUACUCCAUCCAGUACAUUAGUCUGACUUCCAACGACUCCAAGGACGUGGACAAAGAAGUCUUUAUUAUUGGUAAGGCAGAUGGUAUCAUACGCACUGGUGACCUUUUGACUUCAUACAUCACGGGUUACUUUGUGGUGGAGGUGCUGGCUGAGGACCUGGCCAAGCACAGCGACAUGGCAGUGGUGGGCAUUUACAUCCUACGGGAAGACCAACGUGUGAAGAUUGUCAUCAAUGAUACACCUGAGAAGGUGCGUCUCAUUCAGGAGGAAUUCAUCCUGCUAUUGUCCAACAUCACCGGUGCCAUUGUCAAUAUGGACGACGUGCAGGUUUAUGUAGACAAGGAUGGGAAUCUGAACCAUCAUCAGACAGAAAUUCUCAUCCAUGUGGUCAACAAGCAGACCAAUCGUAUCCUCGAUGUUGAGAGAGUGAUACAGAUGAUCGAUGAGAACAAGGAGCAGCUGAAGAACCUGUUCAGAAAGUACAACGUCCUGGAUGUCCAGCCGUUCCUGAGCAGAAAAGCCCCAGCAGACUUCACCUCACUGCAGAUGGCCACCAUCAUGCUCGCUGUACUCCUUUUCCUGGCGGCGAUACUGUUCAUCUCCAUGGUCAUGUAUUAUCGCACAGUGCACAAGAGGAAGCUAAAAGCCAUCGUCGCAGGCUCCACAGGGAACCAGGGUCUCAUGGAUAUCCUCGACAUGCCCAACACGAACAAGUACUCCUUUGAAGGGGCAAACCCAGUGUGGCUGGAUCCGUUCUGCCGGAACCUGGAGCUGGCAGCUCAGGCGGAGCAUGAGGACGACUUGCCGGAGAACCUCAGCGACAUCACUGAUCUGUGGAACAGCCCCGCUCGCACACACGGCACAUUUGGUCGUGAGCCUCAGGCCUCAAAGCCAGAAGAUGACCGCUACCUUAGGGCAGCCAUACAGGAGUACGACAACAUUGCCAAGCUGGGCCAGAUCAUGAGGGAGGGACCCAUCAAGGGCUCCCUGCUCAAAGUGGUACUGGAUGACUACCUGAGGCUCAAAAAGCUUGUUGCUGCUCGACUGGUCACCAAGGCUACCAGCAACGGCGACCAGUCGUCCGUCACUGAGCUGAUCCAGAGUGAUCUGGAUGAAGACGAAGACGAGAGAACUGGCAUAGGGGGUAGUCGUGGCACUCUGCGUUUCAAACAUAAGCUCCCCGUCGAGUUGCGAGGGCCAGAGGGUGUGCAUGUGGUGCAUGGCAGCACAGGUACACUUCUGAAUUCUGACCUCAAUAGCCUGCCAGAGGAUGAUCAGCGGGCACUGGCACGCUCCCUCGAGGCACUACAUGCGGACGGCAGUUUGUACGGCGAACGCAAUGCCCGUACCGAGUCAGCCAAAUCUACACCCCUGCACCGUAAUAAGGAGGCAGAGGUGCUAUCAGAGAGCCCACUCGAGAUCACCGAGCUCUGACUAGCCGAGGCCUCACUGGUCUGAGCGUGCCCCGUGCAUCCCUUCUCUUCCUCAUCUCUGCUGCAGACUGAACAGCGUCGGGAGAGGGAUCACGGGUAUGGAGUUUGGUGUGGUGUGUGCAUUCUGGGGAACUGCAACGUACGGCCGGGUUUCUGAAGUGGAGCAACUUCAUGCAUCGGUAAAAAGGGAUACGUAAAUGACACAGAGUCAGAAGGUCUGGGAUAAAAUGCUGGAUUCCAAACUUUGCAUUAUUAUAUAAGUCCAGAGCACUACCGUACUAAACUGUGAUGCGAGACCCGCAAGCUGUGAGUUACUGGAGCUGCUUGAACUAGACCUUUCUGAACCCCUCGAGAGGAGAACAAAACUUGAAAAUCAAAUGUGGAAGGCAGAGGGUGACACAACGGUUUGACAUUAUAUGUACUAUAAACAACGUUCACGUAGAGCACCGCUGCUGUUCUGGCAGGAAAAUAUAGUGCAGUGCAGUGCAGUGGUGUGGAGUGGAGUGGAGCGGAGCGGUUUUCCCCAUUACAAGAAGAGGUACGAACUACCUGAACAAACUCCGGGAUGGCACACACAUGCACGAAACACACCUGUGCACAUACCAGCUCACAUUCAGACCAGCUGAAGGCCACCACUAGAUCUCUUUUUUGUUUUUUUAGAAAUCUGUCUCUCGUUUGACUUUGUGUUUCAAUGGAGGCUGUGGUACUCUGGUAUCGAUGUCGGGAUCAAGCGGGCCGGGAUCAGUUUGUAU